AUGCAAAAUACUGCCGGUAAGAAGCAGCAUUCUUAUCGAAAAGUUGAACAGUUAGAGCGUGAAAUCAUAGUCGGUUUGGUUGAACAAUUUGGAAACUCAGCACCAGCUAUAGCUAAUUUCAUCCGAUCAUCGGGACAAAAAUAUAGUGACAUUGGAUUUUAUUAUCAACAAAUCGCUUAUGGAUCAGCACGAAAACGUGUUUAUGAUAUAUUAAAAGAGCUGCACAAAGAUAAAUUAGAUUAUAUAUCAACAAAUGAUGAUAUAGAUGAGAAAGAAAAAGAAAUUUUCUUUCUUUUUCACCAACAACAACCGUCAAAUACACCCACAUUAUCUGGUAAACAACCUGACACGUCGACAUCACCACUAACUGUUUUUAUUGAUCAUUCACAAUCAAAUGACUUAUUAUUAUAUUCUUCUUCUUCACCGUUGAAUUUACCAUUUAUACCCGAUCAAAAUGAUUCAGCCGAUGAUUAA